AUGCCAGAAAUGGCAGAAAUUAGCCACCGUAGAACUUUCUUGUUUAUACUUGAAAUUUCUCCCUCCAAAACAUAUCCAGAAACAGAGAAAAAGGAUGUUUACAGGAGGAAUUUAAGUGAAGGAAAAUUGUGUAACUAUUUAAUUAAACCACUCGAUAUGCUUGGGAAAAACGGAGCAUAUGUAAGUCAUAUAGAACCGAAGUAUGGGAGUUUGGCUGGCGAGACUAGGUUGACGAUUUACGGCGGCGGUUUCUCGGCAGACCAGUUCAGUCAAAAUGACGACCCAAAUGUUGGUAACAAAGUAUAUUUGGUUGGGGAGUCCGGCACGGAGUUCUCGUGUACUGUGCACAAAGACGGCUGUACUGAGACUCAGGUCAUGUGCUAUACUCCACGGAAUACGAAUGAAGAGGACCACUACGUGAAAGUAAAAGUUGAUGGUAAGGUUGUAGAAGAUCGCGACCUAUGUGGCGGAGACCCAACCAACCCAAAGUGUACAUACAAGCCGCAGUCGGGUUACACGCCCACAAUAGAAUCUUUUUCUCCGCAGUCUGGAACACCAGGUACUUUUGUGACAAUGAAGGGGAAAUUGGUUAGUGACAGAUACGGCAGCAAUCUUGAAACCGCAACAAACUUGAAAACAGAGAAGUUGCUGAGCUACGGGCUUGCACUUGACGACGAAGAAUCAGACCAUGGAAGUCUCAUUUGUAAAACCAAGGGAUCAUCAGUUGGUUUCUUCAAUGGCAGUUUCAUUAUUGAGUCGCCCUAUGGAAGAUCUAAGCCUGAUCCUGAAUUGUACAAGGUAUCCUACGAUGACAAGAUAUAUAUGUUUCAGACAUACACAGAUAUAACGAGUAUUAGUCAGUCAGAAGGGAGUCUGGAGGGAGGCAUUGUUCUUACUAUCUACGGGAACUACUUUGACAACAGAGCACCGUAUACACAGCCUCGAGCAUUUAUAGGAGACACGGAAUGUCAGAUAAGAGAAGUGGUUGUAGACGAGUAUGUAAGCUGUGAGGUUGCUGCUGACCCUAGUUCUAGUGGUUCCAGUUUCCAUGGUAACCGUGGUGUCAACUUUGAGUACUGGACUUCAACCAGCAAAGACACUAGCAGCUUAGAUAGCAUUUUGUCACUGACCAGCUCGUCUUCGGGUUAUAAUAAUGAAAUCUUGGAUGAGACAUAUUUUAAUGACGUCAAUGAUACAAUGGAUAAUUACGUCAGUAAAAUGACGACAUAUUUUACGCCUCCGCACUCAGGAGUUUACGAGUUCCACCUGCUUGCAGACGAUGGUGCUCGAUUGUUUAUUGAUAGUGUACAAGCAGUGACUUCGGAAACGUCUUGGGAAGCAUCCAACAAAAUGACUCUGGAUAGUACCCAAAGGUAUUUGCUUGAGGUUGUUCAUUAUGAAACAAGUGGUGGUUCUUUUAUUCACCUAAAGGCGAAAUAUUUCAACACAGCUUUUACCAGUGCAUGGACAGGAAAUGCGAAACAAGAGGAACAAGUUAUAUCAAUAUCUUCCACAGUAAAAUUUGAUGUGCAGGAAAUAGAAUUUAAGAAAUUUACAAGUCAGGCAGCAGUCAGUGAGGUUCAAACUGUAGAAGUUAACACACCUGGAGAGUUUAGAUUUGGAUUGUACGAUGUGUAUACAGAACCUUUAACUACCGAUAUGGAUGAAGCAAGCAUUCAGGAUGCUAUAAACAGCCUUCCUGUAUUUGGAAGUGAGGAGUCAGUGACAGUUGUCAGACAAGCAUCAGCAUCACCAACUUAUCAGAUCACAUUUGACUCGAAACGAGGUGACUUUCCAGAUAUUAGUGUUGUUAAAGUGGUAAAUAGUUCAAAAGUAGAGUUCGAUGUGUCACGUGACACUGCCGGCACACCUGACCUUGACACCGUAGCUCUGUCAUUAGCUAGCGUCGUUUCAGAGCCUUUUUCUGUUUCGAGUCUGGACGCUUCUAGCCUGGAAAAGGCAAUCGGCGGUAUGUUUGAAGCAAAGUGCCCGGAUGUAUUUUCACCAAGUACUGCAAAAUACUUCCAAAGCUUUGAAAUAUAUUCUUCACAAUUUAGCGGUACAAUGGUCAAAGAUACAGAGCCAUUCUGUGGCAGAUAUUCUCUGAAAGACCCAUAUCGUAUUUACAAGAAACCCGAAGAUGACUAUGGAAUAAUGUUGUCAUCAUAUGGAGUGCUAUGCUUUGCAUACAAAGGAUUUCUUCAGAGUUUUAUCGGUAUCCGUUUCUCGUAUAAGUCAUCGUCGAGCUUGGACACGAUUGAUACACAACAUAGACUGGAUGAAGUACGAGUGUACAGUCUAAAUGCUGACCAACCCGGUUAUGUAGACGCUGUUGUGAUUGGCCAGAAAGAAACCACAAAUGAUCCAGAGGUUAAUCGACGAAGACGUCGCCCUGCUCGCCCAAACAAUGCACUAAUAAAUGACGUUACCGUCAGAAGCGUAUCAAGCACAGUGUAUGAGGUCACCUUAAAACCUUUCGAAUGUGGAAAUGAGUUCCCGUUGUUCGAAUUAGGAAACGGAAGGGUAACAAGCGGAAAGCUAUCAUACCCAAGUUCGUCUCUAACUUCGACAUUAUACAAUGGGAAUGGUGCCAUCAGCGUAACAAGAACAUCUGAAGCUUCACCGCCGGUUACUGGUGAACUGGAUGUAGCAUUCAACGGCAGAACUAAAUCAGGACUUAACAUAUCUCUCGAGGCAAAAGAUUUCGACAAAGAACUCGAGUCUAUGAAUGGAAUAGGAUCACUGUCGGUAGCAAAACAAGGAGACUGUGCAAAUUUUAAUCUUGCCGUUACAUUCCUGACUUUAGCUGGUGACCAAGAAGAAAUGACAGUCAGAAAUUCUCAGCUGAAUGGUAUAGACGCGGCAGUCAGUAUUUCAACAUCUGUAGAUGGUGGACUGUUUUACACACCAAUCACGGGUGAUAUGGCUAGCACUGUACACGACACACCACAGGUGCGAUUGUACAUCAAUGACGUACCAACGGCUUGUUCCGGGGAUUGUUCCUUCCAGUGGCAGUCAUCUGUAACUCCUACUGUCACUUCCGUAUCGCCAUCUACAGGAACUUCAGCUUUGAGCACAUCUAUUGUUAUAAGUGGAACUGGCUUUAGUACAGACAUAACUAAGAAUACUGUGACCAUUGGUGAUGUGACUUGCACAGUAACGGGUGCUACGGCGACUACUAUCACAUGUGAUGUCGGUAAUGGUCCGGUUGGCAACCAUAAAGUUAUGGUAAAUGUUAAUGGUAAAGGCAUUGCCAGACACUCCAAUGGAGAUGUGAUGUUUGAGUAUACAGCUGAUAUUACUGGUAUUUCACCAACAUCCGGUAGUCUCGGAGGUGGGGUAACAUUGACAGUUACCGGUUUUGGCUUCAAGAGUGGAGCAUCUGUGACUAUCAAUACAGCACCUUGCGAUGUAACAAAUAUUCAGUCACACCAGAUAGAAUGCACUGUUCCUGCUAUGAAAUCAGAUGGAACAUAUGAUGUUGAAGUAAGUCAAGGAUCAACCACAUUGACUUUCUCUGGUUAUACCUAUGAUUCCUCUCUAACAGCAUCUAUCGCUUCUGUCACUCCUUCAUCACUUGGAGUCCUGGGAGGCAGACUAACAAUUUCCGGUUCGUCCUUCACGUCAACUUCCGGCAGCGUGCAUAUUGGUACAGUGGCAGGGACUAUAGCUUCAUGGACAGAUUCCCUGAUUGAAGUUGAGGUAACAGGUGUCCCAGCCGGUACACAUAAACUCUUGGUUGAGACAAGUAAUGGCCGCGCAACUGAUGGAUCUGGAAAUAUUCCAGCCAUUAAUGUCGACCUCGCCAUAACCAAUGUGUUCCCACUGCAAGGUUCUAUACUAGGUGGGACCAAACUUACAAUUACUGGAUCAGGUUUUGGAACAAAUGGUACAAUUGUAGAAGUCAGUGUAGGAGAUGUUGAAUGUGACGUUGAUACAGUAUCUGAUACUCAGAUUGUGUGUGAUAUAGCAAAUGCAGCAACAACACAUUAUGUGACGAACAAAGGAACAUCUGCAGAAUAUGGUGUAUUCUAUGCUUUUGACAAACCAUACCUUAGAAUAAAUGCUGGCGACUUUGUAUCUUGGUCAUGGGAGACCCCGGACUUUGUAAAUAAUGUUGCACAUGCCAUCAUUGAGAUUGACAGCCCAAGUGCAACGACAGCUAAACUUGGAGGAUUUAGUAGUGGAACUCCUAGUAAAAAUGGUCAGUUUAAAAGACAGUUCACAGAAGCUGGUUUGUAUUAUGUGUGGAGUGGCUAUGUAGAUCAGUGGGGCAUUAAGAAUUACGCUGGUACAGUGAAAGUAGGCAAUUCACGAUCAAGGCUAGAGGAGAUCAGUGUGAAGGUCGCUGGCAUUGAGGCCAUACACGACGUUAAUGGGGCCGCUGAUCCGAGUGAUAGUUCUAGAUGCCAGGCAGUAACCACAGGGAUAGAUACAUGUUCGGAUAGUCAACCAACAGGCGGUGAUUCAGAUAAAUUCAACUUUGCAUUCUGGACAUGUAGUACUCCAACUGUCAGCUCGAUAGACGUCAACAAUGGUACAGUUCAGACGGCAAUUACGAUAUCUGGUGAAGGUUUGUCAAGCACUGACUGCCAGAAUGAUAUCAGUUUUGGUGAUUACAGCUGUGAUGUAACAUCUUCAAGUGAUACAGUCGUGACUUGCAGCUUUGCUAAAUCUGGAGAACCGGAACUAGGUGUUUUGCACCCAUUCAGUCUUAGAAUUUUGAAUAGGGGUAAUGCUCUUAUUAGACUAUCGUCUGCAGAAGAUUCUGGCUUUGGACUGAUCCCUAACAUAGAGACAAUAUCACCAACGUCUGGCUCAAUGGCUGGUGGCGCACGCGUUACAAUAACAGGCUUUGGAUUUGGUGAUUCCCCUUUGGUUUACAUUGGUAGCUCUCUAUGCAAUAUUAUUGAAAGUUCUUACAUGGAAAUUAUAUGCGAGAGCCCCGCUUCUGCACAAGGGGAGAAAGAUAUAGAAGUGCAGGCAUUUGUUAAUGGUAAUCCACUGGUCGCCGAGUGUGAGACUCCAACUAAAACGUGUAGAUUUUCUUAUGCCGCGCUUUGGACUCCUUCCCUCACAUCAAUUAAUCCAGAUAAUAUGUCUGGCUUAACCACAAUUACAAUCACUGGUGCUUCACUUGGUUCAGAUCCUUCACAACUAGAAGUAAGUAUUGGUGGAGCCUUGGCAACUGUCAGUUCCGCAGCAGAUACAUCCCUGACAGCCAGUAUUGGUAAUAUACCUGCAGGCGACAAUGACGUCAUUGUAAGAGUCGAUGGCGUAGGAAAGGCAUCGGGGAGUUUACAGAUAUACGGAACGCCAAUUAUCUCGGCAAUUACACCAUCAGCUGGAAGUAUCUAUGGUGAAACUGUAAUUACGAUUCAAGGCAACGGUUUUGUUGAGAAUGAUACAGCAGUAACAAUAGAUGUUACUUCUUGUAAAAUCAUCUCAACCACCCUGUCAGAGGUCACCUGUGAGACCCAGCCGCAUGCAGCUGCUUCGGUAUCUGUAGCUGUUACAUCAAAUGGAGUCUCUUUCACUCCUUCCUCGUACAGUUUCAGUACUGGUUCAACUCCAACAAUUACCUCUCUUAGUCCUUCAUCAGGAUUUUCAGGCGACACUUUAACCAUCUCCGGUUCAAACUUUGGUGGUGGCGCUGUAACUGUCACUUUGGAUGAUUCCGAUUGUACUGUUAUUUCAAGUUCUAGCACACAAAUUCAGUGUACCCUGGGAAGUCACCCUACCGGGUCUGUUCCAGUAUCCGUCUAUGUGGAAGGACUAGGUCGCUCAAAUACUGACCAGCAGUUUGAAUAUCAGCUAUCGUUGAGUAGUAUAUCUCCAAAUGUCGGUGGUACAGCUGGUGGACAGACGGUUGUGCUGUCUGGAGCAGGGUUCGCUGAUACAGCAACUGUAACUCUGUGUGGCCAGACCUGUACUCAAGUGGAGACAACGUCUUCUCAGUACACUUGUAGAACUCCAGCAAAUACUGCCCAGGUUUGUGAUGUCACCAUUUCUCUAAACGGUCUCACUGAAACUCUACCAAGUUCUUACACUUACAACGCUGCCCUGACCCCUACUGUUUCUGGUGUGAGUCCGACUAGAGGAGGGACUGGUGGAGGUACAACUCUUACGAUUUCAGGGUCCGGUUUUGGGUCUGUUGCCGGUGAUGUAAAUGUGAUGAUAGACGAUGUUGAAUGUGUAGUAUCAACAGUAACAGAUACAGAAAUUGUGUGUGUGACAGGAUCACAUGUGGGAUCGGUAGACACUAAAGUAGAGGUGCAAGUAUCUGGAAAUGGUAUUGCUGCGGAGGCGACUGUUGGUGAUGCAGAUUUUAGUUAUAUUGAUGUCUGGUCAUCAACAUACACAUGGGGCGGAGGUUCACUCCCUCAGGAAGGCGAAUUUAUUAUAAUCCCCUCCGGUAUGACACUGUUGCUAGACACUGACACUCCCAUUCUCAGCUUCCUGCUCAUACAAGGUGGUAAAUUGAUAUUUGACCAGAAGGAUGUUGAGCUUCAGGCUAAAAUCAUCAUGAUUACUGACGGGGGUCUCCUGCAGAUUGGCACAGAAUCUCAGCCCUUCCAGCACAAGGGCAUAAUAACACUGCAUGGCCACCACAGGGAUAAAGAACUGCCUAUUUAUGGUACAAAAGUACUCGCAGUAAGGAAUGGAACUCUUGAUCUUCAUGGAAUAGAGGUACCUUUGACAUGGACAAGGUUAGCAUCAACGGCAUCAGCCGGAUCCAACACAAUUGCGUUACAAGAUCCAGUGGAAUGGAAUGUUGGAGAUGAAAUAGUCAUUGCCACCACCAGUCAUAAACACUCUCAGAGUGAAAAUGAGAAGAAGACUAUUACCAGUAUAUCAUCUGAUAAGCGCACGCUGACACUUGACUCCGCCCUCGAAGCUACUCAUUGGGGAACACAGGAAACAUUUGAUGGUACUGUUGUAGAAUUCAGAGCUGAAGUUGGGCUACUCACACAUAAUGUUGUGGUCAGGGGAAACACAGAUGCACAAUGGGAAGAUGAGAUUGAGGCCUGUGAAGCAGGAUUUGAUACAGGGGAGUUUGCAACUCAGACAUGCUUCCUUGGUAGAUUUGGUGAUGAGAUAGGAAGUAGUCAGUUCGGAGCUAUGAUUUUGGUCCAUGCCCCUGUUUAUGAUACACAUGAGGCUCAAGCACGUAUCUCCUAUACCGAGGUCACAUUUGCUGGUCAGGCGUUUAGGCUUGGAAGAUAUCCAGUACAUUUCCAUUUGAAUGGCGAUAUGUCUACUAGCUACGUCAGAGGAUGUGGUAUUCAUAAAACUUUCAACAGAGCAGUUAAUAUACAUGGUACCCAUAACACGUUAGUAGAGAAGACUGUUAUUUAUGAUAUCAUGGGUGGUGCUUUUUUCUUGGAAGACGGUAUUGAAACAGGAAAUACACUGCAAUACAACUUAGCAGUUUUCGUACGAGAAAGUUCUAGUCUUUUGAAUGAUGAUGUAACUCCAGCUUCAUAUUGGGUAACAAAUCCGAAUAACACCAUACAGCAUAAUGCAGCAGCUGGUGGAACGCACUUUGGUUACUGGUACAGAAUGCACGAUAAUCCAGAGGGACCAUCAUUUACAUCAACUGUAUGUCCGAAGGGAAUACCAUUGGGAGUCUUCUCAAAUAACUCAGCCCACAGUUUUGGGUGGUUUGGAUUAUGGAUUUUCCCAGACUACUUUCCUAAAAAGGAUCCAUGUGGUGGCACUGAAGUCGAACCAGCUGUGUUUGAUGGACUGUUUGCUUGGAACAAUGACAAAGGUGCUGAAGCUGUCAACAGCGGUUCUCUUCAAUUCCAAAACUUUGUUCUUGUCCAAAAUAAAUUGGCUGGCUAUGAAGGUAAAAAGGUCCUAGAGGUGCCCCAGUACACUGCUAAUGCUCCUAUGAUAAAAGACAGUUUAAUUGUCGGCAAAACUUCUCUUAUACCAGAAUCAGAGCAAGGAUGUACAGCCGGUGGAAUAGUGUUUCCAUAUGGUGCUGGCUUCAGAGCAGUCAAUAUCAGAUUUGUUAACUUUGCCGACUCUAGCUGUGCAACAUUUCGUUGGACUAGGAUCACCGGAACAUGCUCGCUGUUUUGUGGAGGUUAUCCUUACCACACAGAGGAGCUAAAAUUUGUGAAUUCCCCAAAUAAAGCUGUUUACGCUUGGGAAUGGGAAGGUAUAAUUCUUGACAAAGAUGGCACUGCUACAGGAAAAGCGGCAAACUGGACUAUAUUACCCACUUCUGGAACCUUGCCAGAUGACUGCGAGGCUGCUCCGGAAUACAGUAUUGGAAUAGCAGCAAGUAUGUGUCCGUACAAAUCGUGGCAUAGAUUUGCUUUCAAUAAUAUUUUACCACAGUCGCUGGAAGGAAAGAAUUUCCUGAUCACAAAUCAGUAUGGUACUAGUAGUGUUCCAUACGCGAAGAAACGUCUAAGCCACAAACCCGGAUGGAUGAUGGCUAUGCUGGGUGGCGAAUCGUAUUCUUUCGAGUUUGAAAAUGCUGCUCAGAUCAAGAAUAUCAGCUUUACAGGACAGUUUGAUAACUUUCAGGCUGGUGACUACCUGUUUUUGGAAGUAGAUGUUGAGGAGGUUCCAGACAGGUUUUCAUUUGAUGGUGGGGAAACGUUUAUCAAUGCAACUGUAGGUGGUAUAAAUCCCGAUACAGCCGAGAACGGAGACUGGGAAUGGGACAAUACCAACAGCAGAGUGAAAUUUAUCGUUCAUGGUACCAGACGUUCAAGACGAGGAAUGUCUACAUACACUGUUGAUCGACCAUUGAGUUUCACAUCAUACAAAUGCUUCUACAAAGACUGUAUUCCACCUCCGGAUCCAGACACAGUACCUCCUGCUACAGAAAGACCUCUCGAUUUUGACAUUUGGGAUGAUACAACACUGUGGAACAACUCUAACAAUGACAGCUUUGUCUCAAACAUUGGUGGAUCAUACGGGAUACCACAGGCGUACGACAAUGUCAAAAUUGCUUCUGGAACUUGGACCAUCGUGAAUAAAACAACAUCCUUGAACAAGCUUGGAAUUUUACUCGUUGAAGGAGUUCUGGAGUUUUUUGAUACUCCUGGAGCUGUGUAUGAAAUAGAAGCAGAUUUUGUCAUUAUCAAAGGAGGACGGCUAAUUAUCGGAUGGCCUGAUGAUGCAUUCGAUGGUUUGGCAACUAUUACUUUAAGAGGGGACCAUUCGUCUUCAUACUACGACCCAGGGGACGGUCCAAUACUUGGAUCAAAAGCUAUUGGUGUGUUUGGUGGCUUGGAUCUGUUUGGGAAAGAUGUAGGAAUAACCUGGACACAGCUUGCAACAACGGCUACGGCAGGAUCAAAUAAAAUAGUACUUGCAGACCAGGUUACGUGGUCUCAAGGCGACGAAAUUGUUGUUGGUCCUACUGGGUUUGAUCCUCGGCAAACAGAAUCUUUUAAGAUAGAGUCUGUUGCGUCAGAUAAUGUCACCAUCACCUUGAAUUCAACACUUAAAUAUUCGCAUGCAGCUCACGAAGAAACGCUAUCCAAUGGCCAAGAGAUAAAGGUUGGUGCUGCUGUUGGUCUGUUGUCACGCAAUAUCAAAAUAGUUGGACAAGACUAUGAUAAUCUUUAUAAGGAGUCAUUUGGCGCCCGAGUCCUUGUUGGACUUGUAACCUCGAAAGGACAGACUUAUACAGGUUACGCAAGACUAUCGAAUGUCGAGUUUUACCAUACUGGACAGGAAGGUUUUACGGAAGAGUAUGAUCCCAGAUUCUCCCUUGCCUAUGUUGCAACUGGAACUGUCAGUCAUGUGAAACCUUCUAGCGUGUCAAAGUGUUCUUUCCAUAAUGGUUUUAACACAGCUAUAGGGGCAUUCGGAACUGGAAGCUUAAACAUCACGGACAAUGUAGUAUUCGGAUCAGUUGGUCAUGGUUUGCGGACUAGUUCAAAUGACACCCGCCUUGUUAAUAAUCUGGUAGCCCUUAUGGUAUCCACAGCAAGUUACCAGGAUCGCUUUGAAACAUUCAAUCCACGAUGGGAGGCUGGUAUAGAGGCAAUGACUGCUACUGAUCUUACACUGCAAAAUAACCUUGUUACUGGCUCAGAAAGAAUUGCUUACCACAUUCCUCCGCAGAAUUGUGAUGAUUCAUCAGACAGAUACCGUGAAAACAGAGCAUAUGCUAAUGUUCUUGGUUUUGUUAUCUUACCAGAAGAUGCCCUGAUGCAAACUGAAUGCGUCAAGAUAUCAGGUCAUACUGUAUGGAAAACCCAUGAUUUUGGUAUUUAUUAUCAGAAUGAGUUGAGCUUGAUUGCAGAGAACAAUUUACUAAUUGAAAAUAGAAAUGGGCUCAUACCCAUAAUUCUUAAACCUAGUGCUGUUGGUCAUGGAUAUGCAAACAAAACUGUUCAAAUUCGAAGUUCAACAUUUGUCGGUCAGACUGAUAGUUUUGACUGCAGUAUCGACACCACUCCGUCGAACGAUGAUAAUUUUGAGCUCUCUGUUAACGCUCGACCUGGUUUGGCACCGUCUAAAGGGAUGGUUGGUUUGAUAUUUCCAAAUUUUUACCAGAAAAGUAAUAUGGCUCCUGGCAAACCGUGGAAGGGCUGCAUGGCUUACAAUGCAAUCGGUGGACUCAUGACAUUAAAGAAUGUAACAUUUGCCAAGUACAAAAGCAGCACUUGCAAGUCAAAUUUUGCUGUUUCAACAAAUAAUGGAAACGAUGACGGGCAACAUCCAGUAGAGGCAAAAGAAACAACCUUAAUAGAUGUGGAUACGACCAACAAGAUUUUCUACCAUAGACCAAAUGUCGGGAAGAUCAACUCGGCAGAUUGUGUUGACAUGGACUGCGAUGCACUUAAGAAAGCACUUUUCAAGGAUUUAGAUGGAACUUUUCUGGGUCAUGUCGGUGCUGUAAUCCCACAGUCAGAGUUUGAAUGGGGUGGCGAUCCUAGACGAGGGCUUGGAGAUUAUAGGAUACCCAAGGAAAUGGUGACAGACUUGAAUGGCAACAGGAUACCAUAUGAUACAAUUGCCCCCUAUAAAGGUGUUAUCCGAAAUGAGAACUGUACAUAUCAAUCAGACUGGCAGGCGUAUGAGUGUAACGAUGAUUUGAAUUAUGAAAUGCUGAUAAUUGAAAGUAUGGAUAGUGACACAGAAACACGACGCCUGUCACCAGUUGCUAUCCUUGGAGACGGUUAUAUUGAUUUGAUUAAUGGACCACAGGACCACGGCUGGUGCAGCGGAUAUACUUGUAGAAAGAGGCUGUCUACAUUCAUGGCCCUGGUUGCUACAGACAAGGAGUAUCUUGUGCAUUUUACAAGUGUGACGCCGGAGAAAAUGAGAUACAGGUUACUGAACGUAGAUGAUGAUGAAGGUAUUAAACUAACAGUCUGGUAUUCGAGAUCUAACAGACUUGACGUAUAUGUUGAUGACGUCUAUGUGAUGGCGACCAAUGCAAGAAUUGACAGCAAUGGCAGAUAUAUAACUUCCAUGCCGAAAGGAAACGAGUUCGAGCCUCAGAUCGCAAAUGGCACGGGUACCAACUACUUUGACAGAGACAGAGGAGAGCUCACAGUUAUUAUCCGAGGACCACAGAAAAUUGAUGUCAAAACGCAGGAAUCUGUCAUUGUUUCAUUUGGAAUCCCAGCUCUUACUGUUGACCAGUUCUUCGGAGAUGAUAUUGUAGAAAAUUUGGCAAAUUUCUUGAAUAUCCCAUUAACCAAGGUGCGUGUAGUAAAUGUUGUUAGCGCUUCAAGCAGCGGACGAAGAAAGAAACGUUCUAGUGAUGGAAUCACUGUCGAAAUUGAAAUUGGAGAUGAGCCAGUGUCAGGAAUAAAUGAUACAGCAUCUGACACUAUUGAUUAUUCAUCAUUGCUUGAGCUUGCUGCAAAUAUUGUGAACGAGUGUCAAGUGGGAAACAUCAGCGAAUCCUUUAAUGUGACUGGAGGAUGCGAGACGGUUGAAGUACCGUCAUCAGAUCCCGAGAUUGCCUCUAUUGUGUACAACACUCCGUCUCCUGACCACUUGUUCUUCAAUGAUGAGCCAGUACCAAAAUACGAAGGCGUACAACUACAGACACAACCAAAAAUACGUGCCGCGGAUAUUUCAAAUAAUGUUGUGACCGAACUUGGCACGGCAGAAUUCCCAUGGCAGCUGACUGCAAGUCUGCGAACUGGUACUGGACAUCCGAACGCUAUGUUGAAUGGUACAUUGAGUGUAAAUUGUUCUGAUGGCUGGUUUAACUUUACCGACCUAGCCAUAUCACACAUGGGAACAGGCUACAUACUUGAUUUUAAUGUGUCGUAUCCAGCGGACGCAGAAAACUUUACUCUAGCUUCUGAUCCGUUCGAUGUUGAUGGACGGCCGCUUAUGAUCCAUGUAGCUGAUCAAACAAGUGGAGAUAUUGUUCGAAAUGCACGAUUCUCAGUUACUUUAGGCCUUCAAGAUUCCAAUACAGAAGAAAUUAUCACUGAUAUAGCAUGGAGGGAUCAUACAUGGACAGCAGAUGCCAGCCUGCUUGGUAGUUCUCCAUAUGCAACGCUCGAUGGAUUUCUUACGUCUUCCUUUGACAGUUCUACUGGCACUGCGAUGUUUCCAGACCUAAACAUGACAGGUUUUGGAAUAUACUACAUUCAGUUCAGGGUGGUAUCAGAUCCUCCGGACUUCAACCUAACCUUGAACCAUAAGCUUAAUAUAAAAAGUCCAGCACAUAUUGGUAUGACAAUCGAAGAGGAAGCUGAAGUGCAGGUUAAGUUUGAUGUAGAUUUCAACAAGGUGUUGCCUACAGAGGACAGUCAGAACGAAUUUGAACAAAUGAUUCUGACAGAGUAUGCAAAUUUGUGGCCAGAUGUGCAGCUAACAGUUGGCUCUAUCCGCGAAGGAAGUAUUGUUGUGACGUUUGUCAUAUCUGGGACAUACAGUUCUGUAAAUACUACAGCAUACAGUCUGUGUGACAGUAUCUACAACCAGACAUCAUAUUCCUACAAUGGAUAUAGUCUUUCACUGUCACCCUACUUGACCAUCAAUAACCAGACCUAUUAUGGAGUAACCUGUGGUGAUCUGUCCGAGGAUGAUGAUGAAGAUGAAGGCCUGGCUGUUUACCUGAUUGUUAUCAUUGUUCUCCUGUGUCUCCUAACAACGAUAGCUAUUGUUGUCGUGAUUGUUUGGAGGUGCUCAAUCAAGCCUAAGACACAGACCCACGUUCCAGUGUUUGUAAAACCUGUGAUUGGCAGUAAUUCUGUCGCUGUUACGUCCCAAGAUACGCGCUAUAUUGGUUUCAGUGAGGGAAAACUUGAGGAUUAUUUUUUCCGAGAUGAAUCUUUCACAAGCCUCAAGGGAGGCUAUAGAGAAUACCAGGCUCCGCCCUUAGCUAUCAAAAUAAAGAUCCCUCAGUUUCUCCAGAAUGAAUACUUAAGUGGCAUUUCCGCUGGAUCACAAGACUGGCGUACUGGUACUCUAUAUAAUGGUGAUAAACCAGCUGAAGACUUCCUAUUCCGAAAGGAUCCUGGUACCCCGCUCAAGUUCAACAUUGGUCAGGCACCAGUUAUAACGACUAUCAGUGGUGAGAAACGCUCGCAUUCUGUAAUGUCUGGCUUCUCUCUUAGAGUAAAUUCCCCCGAGCGUAUCAACGUUGCCAGUCUGGUUUCCCAAUACCCGUCGAAUGGAGACUUCCACCCGCCACCGUCAUACAACUCUUCCUUUGCAUCUGGUUUGCCUGGAUACGAGAGUGGAAGUUCCGUCAAUCGGAGACAGGAUUCUAGACCACACACUGCAUUUUCUGAUCGAGAGAGCCCACUUCCGCCGGUUGGACAAAGUCUCUACGAUAGUAACUGA